AUGUUUGCUCUGACUGCCUGGGGGCUGCAGAUGUUAGGAAAUAAGACCAAGCAAUCCACGGAGGUAGUGAACCCCUUCCUAGAGAUUGGCGGCUCGGUCUUCGAAGCGCACUUCUCCUCGGCCCAUGUCAUCAUGGAUUCAGCACUGAUGCGCGUUAUGGAUUCGAGCAACCGCGUGGCAGAGGAGUACCGGCAAAGAUAUGGAUCGGUUGGACAAGAACCGGGAACACAGGGAAGGCGAGGGGGAACCUGGCCUACGCUUGAAUUCCGCGUAGACUCCUGCAGCUCUGUUGGGACCAGCCUGCUCUUAGACAGCCGCCGCGGUGGGUGUAAUGCCCGGGAGCCCCUGGAAGAGUCUAGGCCAAAGAGCCGAAGAGAUAUUGCAAGCGCAGGGCCAGCUCACGUCGACACAUCGGCCAGUCAUGCGUUUGCUGAAGAUCUCGCCUGGGACUGGCCUGGACAUGCCCAGGGCAAAGACGGCCGAGGCAGGAUGCCAAAUUUCCUGCUAUUGGUGGAGCUGCUGCUCGCGCGCGAGCUUUGCUCAGCGCCGGCCGAGAUCCUUUCCAGGAAAGAGUUCACCGUUGGCCGUAAGGCGGGCCGCUGCGUUGUCAUCCGCGCCGACCGUCCACGCUCCGACGAAGCACGACGCGACCCGGCAGUCCACUGCGGCAGGAAAGUCUUGGGUGCCGCGGAAGGCUUCUCUCGCCCCUUUGCCGUGGCUGCAGUCAUGCUCAUGGAGGGCGUCUUCUUCAAGCAGUACAUCGGCGCGGAGACACCUGAGCCCCACAAGCAGCUGGUGGGAGAUGCGAUGGCAGGCGGUGUGCCAGAUCCCGGCGUGCCGCAACCGCACGCCAUCUACGUGGGCUACAACGAGCGGACCAAGCUCGUCGACCCACACAAGCAGUACGUCGUCGUCGUGAAAGAUGUGCCUGAGGCAAGCCUGCCCAACCCAGAUGAGGACAGAGUCAUCCAUCCGUCUGAGCACUUCUAUGCAUUAAUGGACUGCACUGACGAUGCCGAUGCGGACCGCCGCCUCAUGCGCGAGGUUCUCAGACAUACCGGUCUCGCUGCAUCAGAAUACCCCGAAGCGGAAAUGAGGGACCUGAGCCGUCGCAUAUAUCAAAACUGGUCCGGGGUGGCAGCCGAGCAGCUGAGCUUGGCAGAAGUGCAUCUUCUGAUCUAUCCCCGGGGCUUCUGGCACGAGGAGCCCGUGCAAAUGCAUCUACUGCAGGAGUUGUGGAAGCAAGUUGGUCUCGAUGAAGCUCAGCAAGGCCUCGCCAUGCACGUUUUGCAGAGCGAAGCCGCCCAGAAGGAGCUGCACAGCAGGACGAGGGACUUCUGCGUGGUCCCCUACCUGGCGGCGAUGGUGGUUCUCAUUCGCAGCGACCCGGAGAACCGUGAGGAAUACUUGGAGAACCUGUGCUCGCUCAUGGGAAUUCCAAGCCGUUUACACUGGGGCCUGAUGCUUCUCCUCUCUUCUCUCCACUUCGCCGAUGAGGUGGCCGAGCUGCUCGUGAGCGUGCUGGAGGCCAAUGCAGUUGGUUCAUGUGCCGUGGGCUUUCGCCCUGAUCUGCCUCGGGCGUCGAGCGCUGUUCUGGAGGCCUCUCAUGCAGAACACGCGCAGCUUCGAGUGGUGCUGUGGUCCGGCCACAUCUUUGCCUUCGAUGGCCUCCUUGCCAGCUUGGAAGCGGCAGAGAACAUGGGAAUGGCCUCAGAAGCAGUGAUCCUCUCCUACGCGGUGGCGGGCAGGUGGGGUGCAGCGAGACAGCAGUGCGAACAGCUCCAGGAGUCGCUGGGCCUGGGUAGUUCCCUGUGCCUGGGUUCGGCGGCCGACGUUCUGAUGGACUGGUGUACUUCCAUGGGCAUAGGCACUGAGACGGGCUGUUCGAUCCACGACGUGCGGCAGACGCUUCAGAAGCUGCGACGUGAGGUGCCAACUCUCCGGACUGCUGAUCUGCUAAUCUGUGGCUACCCCUACGCUCUCUGCCCUAUCUUGGGCACGAGUGGAGAGUUGCGAGACGUCCCGAUGCUGGUACUCGUCCAUGGCGCUGGGUCUCUGGCCGAGUAUGCCGACGAAUCGAUCACGCCCUGGAUUCUGGGGACCUUCAAACGCUGGAUUACGUCUGACCCAGCACAGCCCACGAAAGGCGCGACAGCAAUGGCAAGUCGGAAAGUUGUGUUUAAUGAUCGAUUGGACCUGGUUUUGGCACGGGCAGCCUUUGGCGAAGCAUCGCAGCCACAACUGGUGGAGUUUGGUGCCCGAUAUGUUUUGCGACUGGCCGGCGGCGUCCAGUGCGAUCGUCGUCUCGGAGAUCCCAGACGUUUAUUGCUUUGGAGGUCGCAGUCCACAUUCCCAGCGCUGGUAGCUCUGGGCAUCGAAAGACUGUUCACGCAAGUGGUUCGAAGCAUCGAUUGGUCUGUAGAGCAGAUGCCGGUGGCGGAAGUCCGCGAGUUUCAUUAUCCGGAUUUGCAGGACUUCUCCGCGGUGCUGCAAAUCCCUUGGGACUUCGGACUCGUUUCUUUUCAAGAGGUUCUCGCUUUGGGUCUGCCAGUGCUGAUGCCCUCAAGUCAAUACAUGCACGCGUUGAUCACAACUGUUUUCUUGGCCAGGUCCAACCUGACGGACUGGAACGAGAAGUGGAAGAGGCGGUUCCUUCAACUGGUCCCCGACAUGUGGGAGGGCUUCGUGCCUCCCGCAUCCAACCGGACCUUGGGGAUUGCAGAGAGGCCGGAAUUGAGGCUGGUGGAGCAGGUGUCAUCGUGGUGGAGAUACACCGAGUUCGAGACGAACCGCUGGGUCAAGCGGUUUCGCAACUUGGCGGACCUGAACACGCUGCUCAAAGUCUUGGACCCAGGGGCGCUUUGCAGUCGGCUUCGACAGGAAACGGCAUACAAGCUGCGGCAAAGCUUGCGAUUUCAUCAACAGCUGCUGACAGACAUAUGGCAGGCAAAAUGA